CUAGUUUGCAUGUAGGAGGUUCUGUCUGUUUGUGUCUGUGAGUUUAAUCCUCAAUAUGACUACAGUAGUCAGGCUUGAAGAUGUCUUCAGAUUCACACAAUACUACUUUAAAGCUGCAUUAAGCAAUACAGUCAUGUUGAAUCUCUGUGAGUCAACUUUGUAGUCUGCAGCCGCAUUGAGGUCAUAGUUUUGGUUCACCGGCCUAAACGAAACCCAACCAAAGCUCUGAAAAAAGGACGUGUACAACCAGCUCGCACAAGCCGAUUGUACACUUCCUGUUGAGCGCAAAAUGGCGGAGAGGCGAGGUGGCUGAAGAACGUCGAAACAUUUAGUAAUCCAAAGACACCCAGAUAUUUUUCUCAGGAUUUGUUGGACCAAACCAGGGCUGAAUUGGAUUUACAUGCGACAUGUGACCAAAAAGAUGACUGCAAGUCCAGAUUCCUCUGUUUCUGCUGAAUGUGAGAUGGCGACCUCUGACCCCUGUGCAAACGCCCCUCCAACCCCGCCAGAGGAGCCGGAGCCCUCCCCCUCCCCUCGCAAGAAGCGUGGGCGUCGGAAACUAGAGCAAAAUGAGAAGAAUAAGGACGAGCCAGAUGACAGAAACUGUGACUCCCCCAGAGAGGUUGAGACUGGGAGGCUGCGGAGGAGGCCGGUCCCCAGAGUGACUUUCCAGGCUGGAGAUCCGUACUACAUCAGCAGGAGACAGAGAGAAGAAUGGCUCAGCCGCUGGAAGAUGGAGGCAGAGCGACGGGCGUACAGAGAGGCAGAGAUCAGCAUGAUGGACGACCUAUCAGAGGCCGACUCUCACAAAGACGAGGAGCCUCCGAGUCCGGCCCCUCCCCCAUCACAACAACACACAGACCCUGCCUCCCCGAUAGUCGCCGUGACUCCGGAGCCGGUCGCCAGGGGAGAACAGGCCACACCCAACGAGAUAGAGUACCAGGUAAAUUCACAAGAUGGCCGGGGUUUUGGCAUUGGCACGCUGGUGUUUGGGAAGCUGCGAGGUUUCUCCUGGUGGCCCGGCCGCAUUGUUUCCUGGUGGAUGAGCGGCCGAAGUCGAGCUGCUGAUGGAACUCGCUGGGUGAUGUGGUUUGGAGAUGGCAAGUUCUCUGUGGUUUGUGUGGAGAAGCUGAUGCCUCUGAGCUCUUUCUCCUCUGCCUUCCACCAGCCCACCUACAACAAACAGUCCAUGUACCGGAAAGCCAUCUUUGAGGCUCUGCAGGUGGCCAGUGUACGGGCGGGGAGGCCAGUUCCUUCCUGUGAUGCGAGCGAUGAUGCAGACGGGGUAGAGAUUCAAACCAGACAGAUGAUCGAGUGGGCCAUGACCGGCUUCCUGCCCAGUGGUCCUUCGUCACUUGACCCUCCAGAGGGCGAGCAGAAUCCAUAUAAGGAAGUGUACCCAGAGAUGUGGGCGGAACCUGAGGCGGCGUACACGCCUCCACCUGCCAAGAAGCCGCGCAAGAACGCAGCUGAAAAAACAAAGAUCAGAGAGGUGAUCGACGAAGGGACCAGAGAGAGACUCAUACAUGAGAUCAAAAAGAAGACCAGGAACAUAGAGGAUAUCUGCAUCUCCUGCGGAAGCCUCAAUGUCUCUCUGGAGCAUCCUCUCUUCGUAGGAGCGAUGUGCCAGGGUUGCAAAAAUUCGUUCCUGGAGUGCGCCUAUCAGUAUGAUGAUGACGGCUACCAGUCCUACUGCACCAUCUGCUGUGGAGGCAGGGAAGUGCUCAUGUGCGGCAACAACAACUGCUGUAGGUGUUUCUGCGUGGAGUGUGUCGAUCUGUUGGUAGGAGCCGGCUCGGCGGCGGCAGCCAUCAAAGAAGACCCCUGGAACUGCUACAUGUGCGGCCCCCGGAGCACCUACGGGUUACUGCGGCGACGGGACGACUGGCCCUGCAGACUACAGCACUUCUUCGCCAACAACCAUGAACAAGAAUUUGAGCCAGCCAAGCUGUAUACUCCAGUGGCAGCAGAGAAGAGGAAACCAAUCAGAGUUCUCUCCCUGUUUGACGGCAUUGCCACAGGUCUGUUGGUGCUGAAGGAUUUGGGCAUCCAGGUCGACAAGUACGUGGCCUCGGAGGUGUGUGAAGACUCCAUCACUGUCGGCAUGGUUCGGCACCAGGGCCGCAUCAUGUACGUGGGCGACGUUCGCAACGUAACACACAAACAUAUCGAAGAGUGGGGGCCCUUUGACCUGGUGAUAGGAGGAAGUCCCUGCAACGACCUCUCCAUAGUCAACCCUGCAAGAAAAGGCCUUUACGAGGGAACCGGCCGGUUGUUUUUCGAGUUUUACCGCCUGUUGCACGAGGCUCGACCGAAGCCAGGCGACGAUCGGCCGUUCUUCUGGCUGUUUGAGAAUGUGGUCGCUAUGGGAGUCAGCGACAAACGGGACAUCUCCCGCUUUCUAGAGUGUAACCCAGUGAUGAUCGAUGCCAAGGAGGUCUCUGCUGCCCACCGCGCUCGUUAUUUCUGGGGAAACCUGCCAGGCAUGUCCAGACCUUUGACUCCAAUGACGAAUGACAAACUUGACCUACAAGAGUGCCUUGAGCACGGACGUACAGCCAAGGUAUCCACCCCUUUUGAGAAGUUGCGUACGAUAACGACACGCUCCAACUCUGUGAAGCAGGGGAAAGACGAGCAUUUCCCCGUCUUCAUGGACAACAAGGAGGACAUCCUCUGGUGUACUGAGAUGGAAAGGGUGUUUGGUUUCCCUGUCCACUACACCGAUGUGUCCAACAUGAGUCGUCUGGCCAGGCAAAGGCUGCUUGGACGCUCCUGGAGCGUCCCCGUCAUCAGGCACCUCUUUGCCCCGCUCAAGGAGUACUUCGCCUGCAACUAGUCACACACACACCACCAACUCUCUCUCUCUCUGUCUCACACACACACAUACUCACACAUUACAACAGUACACAGCGAGUACAUGAAGGUUGGAUGACACAGAUGACCGGACAUACACACAUAAACACACACAUGCUGUAAAGGACUGCUUCCCUAGAUCCCGUGUAGACCACUGGCUGACCUUAGUCCCCCUGGUGCUACCUUGCUGAUUUACACCCACCCACACACACACACACACACACACAUACACACUGGUGCAGGAUCUCUGUACUGUAUUUGUUCACACACAAACUUCCUGUCCGACCUUGAAACUGGUGUCUUCUGGCUUUACUGUGUCAUAGCAGCUGGAGUUCCAAACCUCCAGGGGGCUCAAAAACGACAAAGAUGCCCGGACUUUCUGUUUUUGAUAACUCUGAAAACAUCAACACACCAACGAAUCCCUCUAACACUUAACUGUAUUCAUGCAUAGUGAAAGUGCUGAUGGUGUAUUACAGUGCAAUGAACAGAAAUAUACAAACACACACACACACACACACACAUACACACACACACACACCAGUUAACGCUCACGGUGCUGGUCAGGCAGUCCAAAUGGUGCCACUUUAAUACAACACUUUUAAAGUUUUUGGUGCUCUCAGAGACUGAACUGUCUCUGGUUGUUUCAGUCGCUACAGUUUUGUGUCCCUAAAAGAGUCAAACCAAAUGCUUACAGACGGGUGGAGGCAACACCAGGUAAGAGAGGUGAAUUCUUAAGAUCUAGUAUUUUUUUUUUUUUGUCAGACAGAGCGAGAGUGUGCAAAGGGAGCGUUCACAAGGAAACACAAGGCAACAAGAUUUAGACAGAUUCACAUGAAGACAUUUUAAAUGUGUCUACAGUUAAAUCACAUUGUAAAAGCUGCUUUGGAGGUACAAGUGGUUGUAGUUGUUGAGUUGAACCUCAGUGGGCUGGAAAAAUAACAAGGUCUCUAUCUGACUCUGAUGAAGAUGGCUUUUGGCUGAAAUGUGGCUGCUCCUAAAAAAUUGAUGAAUGAAACCUCUUAAACUUAAACUCAACAUAGGUUUCUAAUUUUUACUUAUUUUUUUCUUUGUUACCCUUUGCUACUUCUGUUCUUAUUUUCUUCUUCUUUCCCAACAGCAUAGUUACAUGCUAAAAUCAGAAUGAUAUCCCAUUUAUUUCUCUUCAAAGUCUUCAAAAAACAUUUAGUUCAAUCUUAGUAAUUGUUUUUUAUAAAACAUCUCAAACCAUUUUCAAGGCAAUAAAAUGCAUUUUACAUAGUUAGUAUUUAAAUUUGAUCAAAUCAAAUAAAACAAGUAGCCAUAUUUUAAAGACAUUAUCAAAAAAUAUUCAAGUAUUCCUUGACAAUGCAACUACACUCUUAUAAUCUAAUACUUUUUUUCAAAUGAAAUCUGGGGUGAUUGCAUUUGUUUAUUUUUUUGUAAACUGAUUUUGUAAUCCAAAUCUCGUGUAUUCUCUAAUUACCCAACCCUGUUUACAGAAUCCCCAUCAGCCUCCAUUAAUGAAGUUGUUAGUCUUUGUUGUUAAUACUUGGAAAUCGAGAAAGUCUCAGAUAAAAAAGAAUAAAUUAACUGGAGGAAAAAGGAAAACAUAAAAUUCAAAAGCUUUUAAAACAAGACUAAUUUGUAUUAAGAUAUGUGACACAAGGCCUCUUUUUGAAUGUCUUUUGUAAAGUCAGAGGACAAGAUCAUGAUGAAAAGCCUUUCAUUGGUUUACGUCUUCAGUGUUUAUAGCGCCCUCUAGUGGGCAAACAAACCAGAAUACAGACACUGUAUUGCAAGGAAACACUUGCUGUGUUAGGGGGAAACAAUUCUUUGUGUUCCGCCGAGUGAGUGUAAGCUGUCACUGGAUAUGAAAAAAAAUCUAAAUAUAUAUGAAAAAUAUAGAAAAAAUCACUGCAUGCCUCCGCAUUGUCAUGGCCUACAUCCACUUAUUGGUUUCCAGACAACAAUCCUUUUGUGUGCUUUUAAAAAACCUAUACUGUUUGGAUUAUUUCCUGGUGGCUUUUGCAAUAUUUUAGACAACGAUUGUACAAUAAGUUUAGCUAAUGCUUUGGUGAAUAUGCUGUGAUAAACUGUACACUAGUAGCCUUUUUAAGAAUGGAUUUAUUUCCUCAUGCAAUACUCACAUUCGUAAAAGUGCUCUUGUAUUGCAUGGACUACUGUAAACUGUUGCUCAAAUGACUGUGAUGUUCAUCGUAAUGAUGCAAAAGUGGAAUUGUAUUGUCUGUCACUUGAAUGAUUAUAGUUAGAUGUCAUAUACUGUACCAAACAUUGGCCUCCUUAGUGGAAUCAUUUCAUUAAGCUGGCAGUGAACAGCAACACUAUUUUAAGCCUCCAGUGGUCACUAUGUUGGUGUACUUCACAACAGGUGUACUGUGACAUGAUGAUAUGAUGUCAUCUUUCUAUGUAGCUUGGUAACUUUGGUGUGGCUCAGUUUGUUUGCACCCAUCAUCAGAGCAGCUUUCAUUGUGUGGGAUGUGUCAUGCUCUGUCACUAAAGCUUAGGCAGUGGGUGAUUCUCUAAUAUCUUCCAAUUGUUGUCAUAGUUUGAGUUUUUCUUUAUAUUUCCAGCAAAAAUAAAGUUAAUCCACUGGGUCGUGACAUCCUCAGAUGGCAUUAGAUGAAGACGUUUGUGUCGAUUCUUGCAGCCAACAACAGAGCAGCUCUUAGCUUUCAGCUUUGUACAGGCCCUCGUUAGAAUAUGCUGCUGUUCCAUGCUUUCAAAUGCUGAAAUGCCGUGGUCCCUUGUUUAAACUGUGCAGCUAACAACAGAGCAGUUGACAUAAUGCUAGCACUGGUGGUCGAUUUUACAGGUAGCUCUAAAGCCAUUGAUGGAAAUAGAGUGGGGGCAGUAUAACUAAAAUGAGGCCAUGAUCUGAACGAGCCCACAGAAGCUGAGAUGUUUAAUUUCACAAUUGGUGGGUUGGUAGAUACCAGCGUGUUUGUGCACAAGCACUGAAAAGUGGGUUUUUCAUAAUAUGCCCCCUGUAAAGGGAUUGAAUAUUGCAACUUCAUUUUGUAUUAUUAAAUAAAUACCCUUUAUUUUAUUGUUUUUUUUUAAUCACUCUACUGUAAUGCAGCCUUUAAAACCAGGAAAAGACAACACUUAUGUCAUAUCACCAUAUAACGAUAUACAAAAUCAAGGAUGAUAUUCAGUCUCAUAUCAUGAUUAUAACAAUAUGAUAUUGUUGCACACUCGCAACAGGUUUUAAUUCCUCCAGUGAGAUUAUUUGUACCUCCAGAGCAGCAAUGCCUCUGAGAAGCAUGAAACUAAAACGUGAAACUCAUGAGGGGUUUCGUGUCUCGCUCGCAGCAGCAUUUAAAGUGAAAGAAAGUCAGCCGGGGAUCAGACAUAAUCCUUUCCAGAUAAUACGCAGCUUCUCUUGUGUGUCAGCUCCAGUGUUGCCAUUUCAGAUCUGGUGAAAAAGUCCACCAGCCUUUACAACUUGCAGUUAACGCUCCUACUUUGCUCCAUAGGGAUCCAAAAUGUCAAUCAGUUACUGCAGCGACAUUCACUGAAACCAGACCUUUAAUCUGUAGACACUAUGCUGGUUUAUACUUCCUACGACUGAGACAGAUCGCCCUGUAUAAAUAACGAUACCGACAAUUGUACCUCCUGUCUUGGGUGCUUCUUCUGCCUUUCGCCCAAUGCAUGCUGGGAUCAACUCAGCUGCGCUGUGACCUUGAAUAACUUAAAGCAAGUAAAGUCAAAUAAAAUGUUUCCAAAACGAUCAUACACACAGACAGUUUGUGUGAACGUCCCAACAGACUGAUGUUUUAUUUAGACAGGGCUGUCUUUUGAGAAAACACCUCAUUCAGUCUGGUGCUUUCGGUCCUCAGACGACCAUUUUUUCCAGGAAGCCUUCCGAUCCUCUGACCUUCCUCAGAUACCAGCGAACAACUGGACACAAUGCAGUCGAUACACACACACACACACAUAGACACGUGCACAAACAGCAACAAAAAACCAACAAUAAACCAGCAGGUUCAAUUUUUUUUCCAUCAUGUUUACGCUCCGUUUAUACAACCAACCUUCAGGUGCUUUUUAAACUCUGCUCUUUUUUACAGUGUUCUUGCAGGUUACAAACACACACAUGCAAACAACCACACACAUACACGCAUAGGUUACAAACACACUUGCUGGAAACCGUGCUUCUUUGAGCUCCUUUCGCUAAAAAAAACCAUCAACACACACGUGCAUACACACUGUGUUUUUGCCGGCCGCCUGUUGCCAUCAGGCCUCCCACGGCGCUGCUGGGUGUGACAUCAUCACCCCGCGUCGUUUGGUGCUCCCAAGCCCCCCCACCCCCAUCCCCACCCCACUCCCCGGACCCCCAGGUGCUGCAUGUCAGUCAGUCUGUGUAAUCUCCGAUUCCAUGUUAGAUUAGGGAGUAAUGAUCAUAAUAAUAAUGGUAAUAAUAAUUACAAUAAUAAUCUGUUAUUGUGUGUGUGUACUGUUCCAGGUUGGUGCUCAGUUCAGUUCAGUCUCAGCCUAUAGGGGAGAGAGAGAGGCUAGAGAAAGCAUAUAUUACAGUUAGUAUAGUGACUUGUUCUAUUGUACGCAAGGAUGCCAGAAGAAAUUGUUAAGGUGAUGAGCUGAAAGGACACUUUCAAACAUGAGCGGGUUGACAUAACACCAAGUGUAAGAGUUGUAAAAGAGGAGGACGAGGCAGGGUGAAGUAAUGACAAGGUUGAAGUGAAAUCCAAACUUAGUGGUUCCCCAAGUUUUGAUCAGGGCCUCCUGACCACAAGAUCAUCAAGACACAGAAAAUAGACAAGUCUGCAAAACAAAAUUGAACUUUGUUGUAAAAUGUUAGGACUGUUUAACUUAAAGCUUCUGUUGGUAAGAUAGUAAUACUUUGGGAUCGUAGGUCGGGCUGGCAGACAGUAUUUGACAAGUUAGGAAUGAGACUCAAAAAUCAACUUUCUUACCAAAUGAAGCUUUAAGGUUGCAGGUAACGACAAUUUUCUUGCUUAGUCAUUUUGUCUAAAAAACUGGUAAAUAAACAUAUAUAUAUAUAUAUGUUUAAGUCAAAUGUCAGUCUGAACCUCAGAGAUUUUUUGAUUUGCUAUCACAGAAGACUCUGAAACCCAAAAGAUUCUGUAGCGAUUGUUACAUAACUGUGAUUGUUGACGCUGAGAUUAAAGGGGCGAAGAGACAAAUCUGUCACGGAAAAAUUGUUGAGCCGCUGUUUUGUUUUGGUGAAAUAUAAUCUGACCUCGUCGUGGCCUCUAAAAUCCCCUAAAGGAGAAAAUUACAGCCAGCAAAUAUCAACCUUUGGUUGCACAAACUGCAUCGGCAGUAAAGCAUUGCUUUACUGUAAGAAGCCAUAAAAGCCACUGUUGUUAUGUAAAAGAUUGUUAUUAUUGGCAGAACUACUCAUCAUUCUUAAUACUAUAUUCACAAUUGUGUUUUCAUUAGUGUUUAAUCACCUGAAUCUAAGAAUCUUUGUGCUUUCAUUACCUUAGAAUGAGAGCUUUAUAUCCACAGAGGAAGCAGCUCUUCCACGGAGUCCAGUUAUUCAUUCUUUUAGAGGCCACCAACUGACCAUCCCAAGAUGUUAGCCUGAGAGAUAUAAGAGAUGAGAAGUUUGACAACUGGUUUGAUUUUAAAACAUUGGAAACCGCUGGUCAGGAGGUCAGCUUGUUGUUGUCGAAUCGGUGUUAUUUCAACACGUCUCUGUUUGAGAGUGCAGUGGGACAUAAGCGAGAGGGAUGGAGUUGACGUUUUGAAAUGACGGGUGACACGGUGAUGAUGUUUCUGUUCGCCUAUCGACAGCUUUCAGUCUGAGUGACGCGUUGUGUUCAACACUGACACACUUAUUAACACAUACACACAAAACACUGCUAUUAUUAACACACAGAGCGGACGACGCUUCGACGCAGAGACACACACACACACACACACACACACACACACACACACACACACACACACACACAGAAAGAC